AUGCUUCUGGUGCUUUCCCCGGUGAAGUCGGUGAAGUCGGUGAAGUCGGUGAAACAGGACUUGACUCUAAAGAACACAGGAGACCCGUCGGCCAUGGAGACCUCGGCCUCCAGAGAGAAAAAAGACAAAAUGGAUGUUAGCGGGUUCGGAGACCUCCAGAAGAAACCUUCCCUGCUGGACACGAGAGGAGAGAUUUGUGAGGCCCCUGUUCAGGCCCCGGUUCAGGCCCCUGUCCAGGCUCCUGUUCAAAUCCCUGUUCAGGCCCCGGUCCAGGUCCCUGUCCAGGCCCCUGAUCCGGCCCCUGUGAGGCCCCCAUGUGGCCCCUGCAGUCAGCACAGUAGCAGUGACCACAGGCCCUUUCCCCAGUUGACCCUCCUGAGGACGUCCUCUGGGGACGGACGGCGUCCCUCCACGUCUCGGCUGCUCUUUGUAAACAUUCAGCUCUCUGACUUUCCAGAUGCCCUCGGCUGCUUGAGUCUGGAGUCUGAGAGCAGGAAGCUGCUGGAGCCUCCAGAUCAGAUUAAAGGAAAAUGCAGAGACGUCCUCAGAGGGAAAGUGCUGAUGAUGAUUAGAAAGUCAAUUCCCUUCAGGUUCCUCAGCUUCUCUCCAUUGUUUCCUCUCAAGCCGUCGCCCACCAGCGUCUCUUCACCCCCCCCCCACCACAUGUUCCCCACCUUCCACACGCCGAUCCCCAUUGACCUGCGCCACCACGAGGGACGGUACCACUACGAGCCGCACGCUCUGCACGCCAUGCACGGACCUGUGUCCACAGUGUCCCGGUUCUCCAGCCCCAGACUGACGCCCCGGAUGAGCAGGAAGCGAGCCCUGUCCAUCUCGCCGCUGUCCGACGCCAGCAUCGACCUGCAGACGAUGAUCCGCACCUCGCCCAACUCCCUGGUGGCGUACAUCAACAACUCGCGCUCCAGCUCGGCGGCCAGCAGCUCGUACGGCCACCUGUCGGUGGGAGGCCUCAGCCCGUCCUUCCCCUUCCCUCAUCCCAUCAACCCCAUGGCCUACCAGCAGCUGCUCUCCCAGCAGCGAGGCCUCAGCGCCUUCGGCCACACGCCCCCCCUCAUCCAGCCGCCGCCCGUCUUCUCCAGCCGCCAGCCGGGCCUGGGCCUGUCCCCGCUGUCCGUCCACCACAACGACCUGAUGUCCAAGAACCACGGCAGCGACUCGGCCGUCAGCAGCACAGUCGACCCCAUGAUCACCAAGAGGUCAAAGGUCAAGAGCGAAGCAGAGGGACUGAGGCCUUUGUCCCCGUGUUCACCGAACCAGCACAGCAGCUCGUUGGACCUGAAGGACGAGGCGGACCGAGACGAGUGCAAACAGGAGCCAGAGGCCGUUUACGAGACCAACUGCCACUGGGAGGGCUGCAGCAAGGAGUGGGACACGCAGGAGCAGCUGGUGCACCACAUCAAUAACGACCACAUCCACGGGGAGAAGAAGGAGUUCGUGUGCCGCUGGGACCAGUGCUCCCGGGAGCAGAAGCCCUUCAAAGCCCAGUACAUGCUGGUGGUUCACAUGCGCCGGCACACGGGGGAGAAGCCACACAAGUGCACGUUUGAAGGCUGCUGUAAAGCCUACUCCCGUCUGGAGAACCUGAAAACUCACCUCCGCUCGCACACCGGAGAGAAGCCCUACGUCUGUGAGCACGAGGGCUGCAACAAGGCCUUCUCCAACGCCUCGGACCGGGCCAAGCACCAGAACCGGACCCACUCCAACGAGAAACCCUACGUGUGUAAGAUCCCCGGCUGCACCAAGCGCUACACGGACCCCAGCUCCCUCAGGAAGCACGUGAAGACGGUGCACGGCCCUGAGGCCCACGUCACCAAGAAGACGCGCAGCGACGGGCCCCCCCGGCCCCCCCCGCCCAGGGAGAACGGCGAGAACGAGACGGGGAAGAGGGAGGACGCCAUGUCGGACAGCGGCUCCCCCAGAGGCGUGGAGGACUACCUGCACCUGAGAUCCAUCAAGACGGAGAACUCGGUGGUGUAUCAGUCCAGCCCUGGCGGUCAGUCAUCAUGUAGCAGCGAACCAUCACCACUUGGCAGCGCCACCAACAAUGACAGUGGAGUAGAAAUGGCGGCGCUGAGCGGGGGGAGCCUGGGGGACCUCAGCACCCUGGACGAGCUGCCCUUCGUGGAGUCCCUGGGAUUUGAGGAUUCCUCUGGCGGAGUCGCGGCGGUCGGCCUCCACUUCCGGAAGCAGCUCGGCACCAGUCAGAUCCUGGAGCAUCUGAAGAAGGAGAAGCUGAAGACAGUGAGGGACUCGUGUCGGUGGGCCAACAACCCAGCCCCCCCGGGCCUCGGCACCAAGCUCCCACCCAUACCAGCAAGCGGGUCCCUCCUGGAGAGUAUGGGUGGAGGUCCGAUGUCCUUCCCUGGUUCAGGCUUGAGUAAGCUGAGCUCUGGAAAACCAACGCUUCUGGAAAAGCUGUCCGAGCGCCGGGACAGCAGCUGCAGCACCAUGAGCUCCGCUUACACCCUCAGCCGCCGCUCCUCCGGCAUCUCCCCCUGCUACUCCAGCCGCCGCUCCAGCCAAACCUCCCAGUUCGGUGCCAACCGCCCCAGCAACCUCAGCUCGGCCGACUCCUACGACCCAAUCUCUGCCGACCUGUCGCGGCGCUCCAGUCAGACGAGCCACUGUGGGGGGAGCAGCGGAGGAGCCGGCCUGUACAGAGGAGUGGGGCUGGCCAGCCCCCUCAGCCUGACCCCAGCCCAGCACUACCACCUCAAGGCCCAGUAUGCAGCUGCCACCGGGGGGGCACCACCUACCCCUCUUCCAUACUUGGACCAGAUGUGUCUGAAGACCCACACGGCCCGUUACGAGGACCCCCAGGAGCGCCCCCCCACUAAAGGCCUCCCCUACAGGCAGCACAGCAGCUACAGCACCAGGAGCUUGAUGCCGCACGAGGCUCCGUCCCACGUCCCCCGCCGAGCCAGUGACCCGGUGAGACGUGUGACCAGCGACCCGCCUCAGCUGCAGCGCUACAACAGCAUAGGGACCCUGAGCAGGGGGGUGCAGCCGUGUCCACCUCCUGCAGCCGAUCGCCAGCGUUCAGCCCAGCACGGCUGCUCGAGGUCCGAUGGUCACCAGCGCUUCUCGUACAGCCAUCGACCGCCCAGCAUCUCUGAGAACGUCAGCAUGGAGACGGGCGAGGAGGACCUGGCGCUGCCGGACUUCAACACCGAUGGAGACACAAACUGCAGAGCGUCGGCCAAUCAGCAGCUUUUCCAAGGAAACCUCCCGCAGCAGCCGUACUAUCAGAGAAGAACGACCGGCGUGAGUCCGGAGCAGCAACCCCAGAAGUGUUCUUCAUCCCAGAGGGACAACAGGGACAACCUCCCGGUCUCCGGCCAGGUCCGAGGGAACCUGGCCGUCCUCCAGCAGAACCACAACUUUGGAUCCCUGUACAACCAUCUGAGCUCCAACCAGCAGACGAACACUGAACCAGGAGCAAACUGCUUCCGGCAGCAGAGACUCCAGACGUCCUCCAAUCUGAACGAAGCCAUUAGCGCUCAGCGUAGAUUCAGCGAAGGGAUCGGACCCUAUGACAACAACGGGAACGCCAGCUACCCGAGGUGCAGUACCACGGCAGCAGCAGACGGGGGCUCCACCUGCAAACAGGAGCCGGACGACGAGGAGCCGGUCCACAUGCGUUUCGCUGACGCUGGAUUUCAGCCUGUGAGAGUUAAAGUUGAGGACUGUGACGGACAUUUCCUGAUUUCAGAUCAGCAGAACUGUAACAUGACUUCCCAGAACCCCUUGCACACUGUGAACCGGAGCUAUGUUCAGCCAAGGCCACCAACAGAACCCAGAUCUCUACACGGACUCCAUUCAGGGCCCAAGUCGAUGCAGCACACAAGGAACCAGAGCAACCCAGAGGUGGUCUCCAGAUUAUUCUCUGAUGACAACGCCUUGUACUACACGGGACAGAUUCAAGUGUUCCAGUCCAACGGGAAUCGUGACCUUCAGGUUUCUCCCGUGGGGAACGCGCCUCCUUUUGAAAACGGUGCAGCAUCUCCCAGCUCCGGUGGAAACCCGGCGUCCAGGACUCCUGAGUGUGACGCCGCCCUGGAGCAGACGCAGAUCGACUUCGACUGCAUGCUGGACGACGGGGAUCACUCCAGCGUCAUGUCGGGAACUCUGAGUCCGGGUCUGCUCCAGAACCUGUCCCGGAGCUCCUCUCGCCUGACCACGCCCAGGAACUCUGUCACGCUGCCCUCGCUGCCCACGGGGACGGGGAACAUGGCGAUCGGGGACAUGAGCUCGCUGCUGACCGCUCUGGCCGAGGAGAACAAGUUCCUGAACUUCAUGCCGUAG